AUGUCUCUGCGACUUGGAAGUGUUAGUUCAGUUUGUUCAACAGCUUUUGAUCCAAAUGAAAUUCCCAUAUCUAUAGAUCAUGUGGAAACAGCCAGAUUUCUGUUGGACUUUCUGAGUGACAUCUCAUCAAAACCAGAACUCAGUGAAGGGCCUUUGGUAGUAUAUGCAGUUCAACGAUAUGAAAAAUACUGGCUGCCUUUGGUGGCAAAGCAUUCAGACCGUUUGUUGCCAGCACCUCUUGACAUAGAGUGGGUGUGGCACUGUCAUAUGUUGUGUCCUGAGGCAUACCAUCUAGACUGCAACAAUAUUGUCGGGAAAUUAAUCGACCAUCAUGUGAUAGACAGAAACCAGCGAAAGGAACUGUUAAAAGAAUCAGAAAGAUUUUGGAAAAAUGAAUAUGCUGAUGUGCCUUUUUCUACUUGUGACGCUUUUGCUGCGCGGUUUGAUCAAGACUUUGUUUCGGCCUUGAAAUACAACUUAGUACAAGCUAUUUCCAGACAGAAGACAUUUUACUAUCAGGUUAGUCUUCCUCACUACCGAGACGAAAAGUUCUUGAACAUUGCUUUAAUGCGCUACAAGAAAUUUCUAUUUUUAAAGUGCCACAACCCAGGAGUUUUUCUAGUUCCUUGUUAUGACAGUGAUCUCUUGUGGCACGCACAUCUACUUCAUCCAUUCAUCUACAAAAGUGACACUGAGGCAUAUCUAGGUUACUUGCUGCCUCACGAUGACUCGGUCAAUGACCGAUCAUCAGGUUCAAAACUUUCUUUGGCUGAAGCUAAAACUCGGAAUUUAUGGAGGAAAGUUUUUAAUGAAAAAUUUUCCCAUUUUGGGGCAAUGUAUCGAGGUGACCCACCAUAUUCAAGUCUCAGUCCUAUGAGUAAAGAAGAUGUGUACAGGAUCUGCACUAAACAAGCAGAUUGGGGAAAAACCUAUAAACUGAAGCUGUGCUAUAACACUGGCUAUCAAAAUUUCAAUCGCUGUUUGUUUGUGACAGAAAACAUUGCCACUCUCAAGGGAAACUCUCGGACGUUUGAAGAUAGCACUGUUGAUGCCCACUUUCAGUUUGACACUCGUUACAAUGAUAAAUUAAUUGCUAGCCUUCAAAUGAAAUCAGGAAAACUUUGCCUUGGAACCAGUGAUAUAGUUGGCGAGGGAAGAAUUGAUCUUCAGAAGAAGAUACAGCCCUUGAACAACAAAGGACUCUCAGCGAAUGAUGACAUUGAUUGUGGGGAUGGAUUAUCAAUUGGAGUGGUGUGGAGUUGUUCGGCCCCAACGUUAGGUCCUUGCAUGCUGCGACUGGAGCCAGGUGACUACCAAAGCUUUAUGAUGCCAGAAGACAGAGAGUCUCUCUGGGGCCCAGUUCCACUGCCACGCCUGCCUCCUGGCACUGAAAGCAUGUGCUCUGUCGCCGUGCAUAAAUUGUUUAACCACACCAGAAGAGUUGUGUUCACAGUGCGGAUGAUCCACAGUGAGCCGUUACUGAUGUCAGCAAUACAUGUGUACUACGGGGACAAGCUGAUGGCACUGGCCCAUCUUGUUGUUGGAGACCAACUUCCACUUCCAACCUCAGUUAGUGACACCAAGAAAAGUGUCACCUUAAACCCCAAAGAAGGUCAGAGGGCAGUCAUUAUCAAGAAUCACAAAGGUGACUGGGGAAUAGCAGUUGGCUGGUGGGAUGGCUUUCAGAGAAGGUUGCAAGGCAGAAGAGGAUCUUGCAGUGAGGGACACCUGGAAGUGAAGUUCUUUCAUCUUCCGAACAAUCGUUGGCAUUAUGUUUCUUUCGAGCGUCUGUAUUCCCUGGCUACAUCCAAGUUUGAAAUUGGUGACUGUGUUGUUGAGUUUGACAUUGGAUUCAUUGAAAUUAAUUCCCAAAGUGCAGAAAUUGCUGAAAAUCUGGCCCUUAUUUUCAGUGUUGCCUUGAUCCAUGUGCUGUGUCAGCCUCGUCCAAUUAACUGGGCUCCCAAAUUGACCUGGGCCAAGUCUGAUGAAGAGGCGUUGCCAAAGCUAGGUGGCUCUGAGGAGAUUGCACUUCUGUUAGCUGCGGGAGUGCUUGUUGCAACACCUUGCAAUCAUUCUAUACGCAACUUAUUCAAGAAUAAAAAACAAACAUUCGGAGAAGGGACAAGUUCUAAACGGGAAAGUCAGAGGGAAAGUGAUGAUCAAUAUGAACAAAGCAGCAGCUCUUCUGUGGUUUUGCAUGAAGCUGAAGUGAGUGCAGGGUGGGCUGAGGAGUGGGCUGAGAGUGGCAACAUGGUGAAUGUUGAUGCUCCAGACACUCCCUCUGUAGUUGGAGGCCCAUUGACUGUCAUACAAGAACAAGUUGAUGUCGAAAGUGAGGAAGCUAUAGAACAAAGUGCACAUGAUAGUAGCAAAGCUCUUAAUAGAGUUGAUCAUAAACAAGUAGAUCAAGACAUUGCUAGAAGUGCUGUGCUGCUUACAAUUAAUGAGUCAGAGGAGGUUAGGGAUAAAGUCUUUUUGCCAAACUUUGAUACAUCAAAAACUGAUAUGCAGGAAAGUGUUGCUCCGGAGGAGAUAGCAGAAGAGGCAGAUGAAGAUGAGGCUGCAUCAGAUCAACAGAGUGAGGGGGUGUUUGAGGUGGAGGAGUGCAGCCUCGGCGCAGAAAGUCAGGCUGAGGUUUUUGGUGAUGGAGAGGAUGACAGUGAUGAAGUGGAACUGGAUGAAACGGAUGAGAAUUGUCUAGGACCAAUCAGCUCAGGGGAAGACAGUGUGUUUGUGUUCAGUCAGAGCCUGGAGAGUAACCUACCAAAGAGCUUUCCCAGCCCCUUGGAGCCAAACUUUCCCAGCCCUCUGGAGUCAAACGGUGGCUUUGUGAAUGAUGUGGACAGUUACUAUGAUGAGUUCUACAAUAUGAGUGGUGAUGAAACUGUCAAUGGGUUUGACAGAAGUGACAGCACUGUGGUUAACCAUAGUGUCAGAGAAGGGAGGAAUCUACAGCAUUCCAACGAUGCUGAUGCCAAGAAUCUCACAGAUGAGUCCAGGUCUAGUUCUAGAGCUUCUGGAUCCAGCAAGGUUAAAGAAAUAGCACAUCCUGUAAGUGAGCGACCCGGACAUCGUAAAAAACGAGUCGAGAAAGAAGCCUUAUUAGGCCGAUCAAGCAGCUGCAACUGGCCGUGUAAUGCCUCUGGUCUGCUGGGUGGCAGCAGGGAUCAUUAUGGAGAUGGCAAGCUUGUUCCAAAUGAUAGAGGACAUGAUGGUUUUGGCUGCGUCAGACGAAGCGAGAUUGAAGGUACCGAAGAUGGUGGUUGUUUUAAUGGAAGUAGAGGAUGUGUUAAUGGAAAUAGUAUUAGAAGAUGA